UGUGUCUUAUUUCCAGAUACAUCCCUGCCGUGGUGGACCACAGAGGAGGAAUGCCUUGUCAUGGCACUUUUCUGCUGCAUCAGGGCCUUCAGAGAAGAAUCGCUGUGACCAUCGUACACGAGUCAGGCGGCGACAUAGAGUGGCGAGAUAUCCGCGAACUUGUCGUUGGACGUCUUCGCAACACUCCGGAAGCCGACGAGACGAUCAUUGACCCCAACAUUCUCUCCCUCAACAUCCUAUCUUCUGGGUAUGUCAGACCCCUGCAGGACGACAGGUACGUAGCGGUGAGGAGGUGCUGAGAGUGCUUUGCGUCUGCUGCAUCAUCUCAAACGUCAGUACAACACCAUUCUGCUGCAUCUCUGCAUCUUGCGUUUGUUGCAUCAAACACUUUGUUGAACUGCAGUGUUAUCUAAGGAUUAAGCUGCAUUAAUGCUGCAGGAGAGACGUGACUGAAUGCAUGGCGUCUAACAAAUCUGUCAGAGUAAAUGUAUAUACGGUAGUAGAUGAACAACUUGAAAGUCACAGCGGUAUAAAAUAGAAUCAGUUAGAUUUAACAGUGACCUUAAUCCUACAAGAUUACAUAUAUUUACCCACUUGCCCAUGCUGGCUGUGCAACGCUCCUAGCUGUUAAUACGCGCUCUCGUGUCUGACUUCCAUUAUGGUUCCAUCAUGCUGCAUCACGUCAUUUACGUAACGUCAUCUCUCCGCCAUAAUUCAAUCUUGUGACCACGAAAGUUUGUGGAAUGGAAACAUUCAGGGUCAGAGGUUGACAGCUGGACUUGCUCGGGGGUUUCUCGUCUUCAACUCUUCAGCUGUGAGAUGCUUCUUCAGUUUUGUCUUGAGUUUGCAUGGGCUGAUUACCCGACUCUCUAAAGCAAAUCCAGCUGCCAACUUCUAAACCUGUUCAUGUGAAUGAAUGGGAACGUUUAAAAUUCUUCCAGACAUGUUUACAGGACUAAAAAAGUGUCUCGUGUUUUUACCCUGUAAUAGAAACAUAUGUUUUCCCAAAGCACUUUUCACUAUAUAGAAUGUAGAUUUAAUAUCAUAUUCAUUUUUGAGCCAAUAUCAUUUCACACUAUGGUGCAAAGGUAAAUAUAACUUCACUUUUUUGCCUCUAAAAAAAUAAAAUAAUUAGCAGUGAAGGUAAAAACGUCCCAACAGUAAAUAUUAAUAUAUAUUGAUAAAGUAAACACACUCUACAUCUACAUGCCUUCAAAAUGUCUAUCUAUGUCUUAUAUCUGUGCAUAGAAACUAUUGGAGAUUUAACGUUGUCUUUCUGCAAACUUCCAGUGGAGGGCAGUGUGUGUCCAUUUCUUUAUUUUUGUGUCCACACGUGUUGCUUGACUUGAGUAAAUUAGCAGAU